AUAAAAAACACGCCAAUAAAAUGGUUUCACUUCCUAAACACCGCAGUCGUUAUAUUAAUUUCAAAUCGUAAUUUAAGCUGCUGAAAAAUUAUCGUAAAACUUAUCGAAACGACUUCAGAACAGAUGUUUUUCGUAUCGAAGAAAAGAAACUUGGUGAAUAGCAGACAACAAGAUAAACGCAAUAACUACAAAAUUUUAGUUAUAAAAGGCGAUUUUAUUGAAUCGCAGCUACAGCAACAAACAUGAGUGAACCCAAAGACUUUUUUGCGGCCACAGCAGCUGCCGCCGCUGCCGCAGCCAGCUCCACAAGCUUAAGAAGCUCUGAGCAAAGGGAUAUGGACAGAGAAAGCAAUAGCAAUGAGGCGGACGACUGGAGUGUCAGCGAUUAUGCGGGUGAGGGUGUGCAGCGUAGCAACAGUGGCGCACAAGAUACGCUGGAUAUAACACAAUAUCCAAAAUAUGGUUGGGUGGAUGUGACCAGUGAAUUUCAUGAGGCAUGUCAGGAGCUGUUGCCUGGCGAGCUGGCGCAAGACAUGCUGUUUGGGUUGUUUGAGGCCAUGUCUGCUAUAGAGAUAAUGGAUCCAAAAAUGGAUGUGGGCAUGGGCUUUGAUAAAACUGAUCUACCACCGCCUUCUUUCGAGGCAGCUGUGGCGAUGGGGGCCAUUAAACUGGCUGGUCUGGAACCCGCCGAGCUCAUAGGAGUCUUUGAUGCAUUGUUUGCUUGCUUAGUCAGCUGGCUGGAAGGCAACUCUAUGGAUCAGGUGCUCUUUACGUGUCUCUACUUACACGCGCCCGCGCAAAUUCAGGACAAGGCGCUGCGCGCCUUCUGCACUGCUGUGCGCAAUCUCAUAGUGGUCAUCAAAAACAUUAUUAUAUUAGCAGCCGUAAACGAGGAAGAGGAUUUUCAAUUGUAUGGAAAUUCAGCACUUCUUGCGGCGGAGAAAGCGCAGCCAGCUACAAUCGCGCCACAACUAAAGGAAGUAGAGGAUGAGCUUGUGCGCAAAUGCAAGCAACUGAAUGCAUCGGAGGAUCAAAUUUUAAUGGCUGUGGUGCAUAGACUACGCUUUAUGCGACAUUUGUUUCAGGCUAUUUACCAAGUGGAGCUCAUGUCAAGUGCUGAAAGCGCUGAGGAGGCAGUGAAUGAGAUUUAUAAGAAUCUUAAUGUGGCUGCCGAGCUGCUGCCGCUCAUACGACGCACUAUUGAACGCGGCACGCAGCCUGUGGAGGGCUCUGAGGCGCCAAACCCCAUGGGUUUCUCCCCGCGCAUUCACGAUCGCAGCCAGCCGCCCACGUUUCCGCGCAGCAUUAAAAUACGCGAACGUCCCGCUAGCUAUCAAUUUCUGGAGGAAAUGGUGGCCCGUUUCAAGUAUGCGUGCAAGGUCAUACGCUAUAAGGACUACUACACUGCGCUGAACUUUCUUAUUGAAUACAGUCGCAAGUCGGGACACUGCAUUCUUUCACGCAGCGUGUUGCAAACUCUCUUCAGCUCCAGCAUACGCUUAGCACAUGGCAAACAGUCCAUGAAACAAUUUUUACGUUACUCCGUGCAAUGCUUUAACUCGCCGCCCGUGCUAAAUCCAAAGCACCCGGUCAACAAUGAUCCUAAGGUGCAACAGCAUUUGGAAACCUUCUUUCGCUACUGUAUCAGUAUGAACACCUUCAAUCAGUUUAUACGCUUGUGUGGCUUUAACCGUGCACGUCAACGUGAUAAGCUGGCGCACUUAAUUGAAAACUUUGAUCCACUGCAAGUCGAUGCUGCGCGUCUGGACUCGCUUAUGAAUCAACUGGCCAAUGAGCGUGCAAUGGAGGGUAAUGAGGUGCAUGCCACAGCACUAAAGCACAGCACUCACUUUUCCACGUGGGUGCUUUAUAAUUGUUUUCGUGCCAUGUACAUUUAUCUAAUGUCUGGCUUUGAGCUGGAACUCUAUGCUGUACAUGAGUUUCUGUACAUCUACUGGUAUCCCUACGAGUUUCUAGUCGGCUUUAUCGUGUCUGCGCUCACACGCACUGAAAAUAUACUGCUAGCUCAAGAGGAGUAUGCAGAGCAUCAGAGCAGAACACAGCUGAAUGGCAGUGGCGGUGGCUCCAACAACAAGAAUCGUAAAGCGGCCAAGCCUAAGAAGCAUAAGAAACAGCAGCGUCCUUACCGCCAGGAGAUUGUUUACUAUCAUGCCGUAUUAAGUCUUUGUGGCGGCAUGUACAAGGCUAUGGGUGCUCUGACCAAAGACGGACGCGUGCGUUUGCCAAUGUCCAAAUUUGAUAAUGAGGAAAUACGUUACAUAAGACGCUUUGCGCCAUUCGUGCCGCUCACCAGUCCGCCUCCUGUAUCCUAUGCUGAGUUUAAAAACAUACGGGACCAUUUGAUGCUCAGCAGCGUAGAAGAUUUGUAUACCUAUGCAGCCAAGCAUUUUGAUCAGGCGCGCAAUGUGCUUGAAAGCAUACAGAAUCCCGAACAGGAGAUCUUGGAUCUACUGCAAAUAGCACGCACCAAUUUUGUCGUCAUGAAUGUGCUCGCUCGUGGCCAUCAGAAGGAGCUGAAACGUCAGCCAGAGUUUGAUUUCUCUAAGCACAGCUAUUUUCCAAUAAUCAAAUUAAAAUAGACUCAGAAUUUGUGUUUACUUUUUGAUUUAUUAAUAAAUUGAUUUGUAUGAA